AUGAAGCAGAGGUUUUCGUCUUUAGACGUCAAGGUCAUCGCGCACGAGCUCUCGAAUGCCCUCUUAACCCUUCGCGUUUCCAACAUUUACGACCUAUCCUCCAAAAUCUUCCUUAUAAAAUUUGCGAAGCCAGAGCACAAGCAACAAAUUAUAAUAGAUUCCGGGUUUCGAUGCCAUCUGACGGAUUAUGCUAGGGCGACAGCGUCCGAUCAAUCCGACUUCGUCAAGAAGCUUCGAAAAGUAUUAAAGACACGCCGAGUCACCUCUGUCUGCCAAAUAGGUACCGACCGCAUCAUCGAGUUUCAAUUCAGUGAUGGCCUCUACAAGCUUUACCUCGAAUUUUAUGCAGCUGGAAAUAUUAUCCUCACAGACAAAGAGCUGAACAUUCUCGCACUGUUGCGCCCUGUUCCGGCCGGAGAAGGACAAGAAGAGCUUCGCGUUGGCUUGCAGUACUCUUUGGAAAACAGGCAGAACUACCACGGUGUCCCGGGCCUAACCAAGGAACGUUUACAAAAUGCACUUCAGAGGGCGGUUGAUAAGGGUGACGAGGGUCUGGUCGCAGGGAAGAAAGCGAAGAAGAAGGGCGCCGAUGCGCUGAGAAAAGCAUUAGCUGUCUCGAUUACGGAAUUUCCCCCCAUGGUUGUGGAUCAUGCAAUGCGAGUUACUUCUUUCGAUUCAACUUUGAAGCCAGCGGGUGUUUUGCAGAAAGAUUCUCUUGUAGAUGACCUAAUGAAAGCGCUGCAGGAAGCUCAGAAAGUCAUGGAAGAAGUAACAAGCUGCGAGGUAGCCACGGGUUUCAUUAUUGCGAAGAAGAAAGAAGGAUAUGAAGAGAACUCUGACCCUGAACAUAGCAGUAAAAAUGUACUGUACGAUGAUUUCCAUCCUUUUCGCCCGGCCCAGUUCGAAAGCGAUCCGGCCACCGUCUUUUUACAAUAUGAAGGCUUCAACAAAACGGUGGAUGAGUUCUUUUCGUCUAUCGAAGGUCAAAGACUUGAGUCGAAGCUCGAAGAACGCGAGUUGAAUGCCCAGCGUAAAAUCCAAGCUGCUCGCCAAGACCAAGAAAGGCGGUUGGAUGGGUUACAAGCGGUCCAGUCAUUGAACGAGCGAAAGGCGAGUGCAAUACAAGCUAAUGUUGAACGAGUACAAGAGGCUAUGGAUGCAGUGAACGGGCUGGUGGCCCAGGGAAUGGACUGGGUGGAGAUCGGCAAGCUCAUUGAAGUAGAGAAGAAGCGAAGUAAUCCGGUUGCGUCCAUGAUUAAGCUUCCGUUAAAGCUUGAGGAGAACACAAUCACCCUUCUGCUUGACGAGGAAGUUUUUGACGAAGACGAAGACUCUGCAUAUGAAACUGAUGACGCGCCUUCCGACAGCGAGGAUGAAGUCACAAAGCAGAAAGAGCCCAAAGAGAAAGGCGUUGAAAAACGACUAACUGUCGAUAUUGACUUGGGACUGACCCCUUGGAAGAACGCUCGAGAGUAUUUUGACGAGAAACGCCAGGCUGCUACAAAAGAACAGAAGACUCUGGAAUCUUCAACGAAAGCUCUUAAAAGUCAGGAGGCGAAGAUUGCUCAUGACCUGAAGAAGGGGCUUCAACAAGAGAAGGCUGUGCUGCGUCCUGUGCGAAGACUUAUGUGGUUUGAGAAAUUCAUCUGGUUUAUAUCCUCAGAUGGCUAUCUUGUACUUGGCGGUAAAGAUGCGCAGCAGAACGAGAUGCUCUAUAAGAAAUACAUGAAGAAGGGCGAUGCGUUUCUUCAUGCCGAUAUUCAAGGGGCAGCGACGGUAGUGGUUCGGAACGAUCCAAGAACACCUGACGCCCCAAUCCCACCUUCUACUCUUUCUCAGGCUGGUAGUUUGGUCGUAUCGUGUUCAGUUGCGUGGGACUCAAAGGCAGGAAUGUCAGCUUGGUGGGCUAGUGCUACACAGAUAUCAAAAGCUGCCCCUAGUGGGGACUUCCUUCCGCCCGGGAGUUUCUCUGUCAACGGCAAGAAAAACUUCUUGCCACCGUCGCAACUGCUCUUAGGUUUUGGAGUUAUCUUUCGAAUCAGUGAAAGCUCGAAGUCAAAGCACUUGAAGCAUCGCGUGUCAGAUGACAGAGAUCAAAACCGUCAUUCAGUUGAAGAACCGAACCAAGACACCCCUGAAAUUGCCGAAAGUGAAGUAGCGUCGGAAAGCGCUGUUCCUGAAAUAGAUGAUGGACAGGACAGUGACGAUGGUACAAGUAACGCCUCUGAUGCCGAAGAAGAAGAACAGAAUACUCCGUCAAAUCCUCUUCAAAGGCAAUCAACUGCAACUGAGCCAAAAAUUGCUGAAGUCAGUAAUGACGACCUAACAGAUGGGAUAGAAGCUCUUGAAAUAGACGAUACUCCCAAGAUACCCCACACAGCGACUCCUAACGAUAUCGACUCCAAUUCAGAGAGCGAUGAUGAUACCGACUUCAACCAAACGACAGGCACUCGAACACCAAACACUGUUGCUGACAAUAGGAAAGGAGGUCCUGCCACCAAAAAGCGCGGGAAAAGGGGGAAGGCGAAGAAGAUCGCGAACAAAUACAAGGAUCAGGAUGAAGAGGACCGACUCGCGGCUCAACAGCUCAUUGGCGCAUCUGCGGGUGCAGAAAAGGCUCGAGUUGAAGCGGAAGCGAAAGCUCAACGUGAGGCCGAACUCGCUUUCCAGAAAGAACGGAGGAAGGCCCAACAUCGACGGACACGAGAAGAGACGGCUGCACACGAGAAGCUAAGGAGAGAGAAGAUGGAGCGGGGGACCGACGAAGUUGACGAGGCUGAAGAAGAACAAAUGGCUGCAAUCGACGCGCUUGUCGGUACUCCCCUUCGCGGUGACGAGAUUCUCGAGGCUAUUCCCUUUUGUGCUCCCUGGUCUGCUAUGGCGAAGACAAAAUACAAAGUCAAACUUCAACCCGGUACUCAGAAGAAAGGGAAAGCGAUUAAAGAGAUCAUCGGAAGAUGGUUAAUUGCUUCACAAGCCAAAGGUGUACUCGACGAAAAGAGCGAAGAUCCCGAGAGGAUGUGGCCGCGCGAAGUUGAGCUUCUGAAGGGCUGGAAGGUCGAGGAGGUCACCAAUACUAUACCAGUGGGCAAGGUCCGCGUGAUGAUGGCUGGAGGUUCGACGAACUCUGCAUCAAAGGGAUCGGCAUCGCAGAAGGGAAAGGCGGGUGGGAGGGGCUCAAAGAAGAGAUAA